AUGGGAGAAGAUCAGGAUGAUCGAGGCGUUCAAGCCUAUGUCCGUUCUGGCGAAAACUUCGGACAUCGCGAUGACCAUCCUCAAGAAAAUGACCAUCAUCGUGAAAUCAUGGACGAAGAAAUGGAUGAAGAAGCGGUCGAGGACUCCAUGUCUUCCGGUGAAGAAGACAACGAGGAGCGCACAGUAGAAGACGAGGAAGGUGAUGAUCGAGAAGAAGAUGACACUAUGGACGGUGAAGAACAGGACGAAGAAGAGGAAGAGGAUGAUGAGGACGGAAGAAGAGAGGGUGAAGCGCAAGCAACUGUAAGAGUUGAUGCGGAAGAAAGUGGUGAGGAUGGUGAAGAGGAAGAAGAGGACGAUGACGAGGAGAUGUACGAUUAUCCUGAGGAGGAUGAAGAUGCGCUCCAUGAUUUAUCGUUUGAAUUGCUCGAUCGUCCAGAUAUGCCAUCACUCGGAUUUGAUGAUUUCAUAUUCGGACCUCCCAUUGGGAUCAACAGGGAGCAUCGUGGUGCUCGACGAGAACCUUCCAGCGCCGGAGUGCACCCACUAAUGGUUCGCCCAGCUCAUAUUGCUGAUUCCCAACCUGCGAACAGUCAACAAACAGCGCCCACGGUCAGUCGGCUAGAACGCGUAGCCAGGGUAAAUCGUUCUUCCUCUUUCGCAUUUUAA